UUUCAUAUUUUGUUAAAGGAAUAAAACGCCAAAAUAACAAAAAUGAUAAUAAAUAAUUAAUGGCAAAUCAUAUAUGAAAGGGGAACCACAAAAAGCUCCAGAAUACGAUAACAGAACGGUGAUGGCAGCGGAGAAGUGUUUCCAGAUGGUUGCGCUUGCGCCUAGAGCCACCGUGUCCAUUCAACGACACACCCAUCGUCGUUUCAUUUCCAUGGAUAACCCCUAUGGCUGUUUCACCCACAUAUUGAAACCUCCGAUGAAAGCUUCGAUUAUAACGUCUUCAUCUUCUGCCCCCACUUUCAACCGCAGAUCCCGUUCACCCGUCGUCUGCAAAUCUGCUGUAAAUCAAGUUGAAGUAGUAACAGGGUGCACGUGGACUGAAUUGGUGGUAGCAGCUGAUAUGGCAGUGAUGGUGGAGUUCUGGGCACCAGAGCGUGAGAUGAUAUCGCCGGUGGUUGAUGAAGUGGCAAGAGAAUACGCCGGCAAGGCUUUGUGUUACAGGAUCAACACCGACGACUACCCAAACGUAGCAACACAAUAUGGAAUUAAAACCAUCCCAACUCUCCUCUUCUUCAAGAAUGGAGAGGAACAAGAAACUCUUAUUGGGGUUGUCCCUAAAUCCACCAUUUCUGCCACUUUACACAGCUAUACCCAAUAGAAUGCUCGCCUACUAUUCCCUAUUGCCUUCAAACAAUGCUUUCACGUUUAUCCAUUCAUCCCUUCUGUACGUUAGGUGAAAAUAUCUUGUGUAAUGUGUAGUAGUUGUGUAUAAUUGUACAUUGAUACAUAUUUAAUAGGCUAUUUCUUUAUACAUCUAUCCCA